UAUUUGCUAUAUAGCGUUUUCUCAUUUUCAAAAAAUGAAAAAUGAAAAUCUUUGAAAAUCUUUGUUUUAUUUCUAAUUUUUUCUAUCUUCAAGCGUAUGUUAUUAGAAAUGUGGACGAUUACUACCCUGAUCAAGUCCACAUAUCAAUAGGAGAAAACAAUGUAAAUGAUAUCUUAGUAAUGUGGGUCACAUUGACUGACACUGACAAAUCGAUUGUUGAAUAUGCUACUGAUGGAUCAAAACUCUUGUUGCAAUCAGGAUAUUCUGUACCUUAUACUUUUACCAAUCGCACUCAAUACAUUCAUCGUGUUACCCUAACAAACUUAAUUCCCAACUCAACCUACACAUACCAUUGUGGUGAUCCAAAUUUAGCGUGGAGCUCGGAUUUUACCCUCACAACUUUUCCAUCUUUCAACUCUUCCAAUUGGUCUCCUUACUUAAUAAUCUUUGGAGAUAUGGGAGUAGGAAAUGCUCGAGCUCUAACCCUCAUUGAACAUGAAUUGUCUCCUAUGUAUUCUGUGCUAGCUGAACCAAAAGUAUAUAGCCCCGAAGCUCCACCAAAACGAAAAGAUAAAAAGUUAAUUAACGCUGUCAUUCACGCCGGAGAUAUGGCCUACGACAUGCACGAUUCGAGAGGGAAACGCGGCGACCAAUUUUUACGACAAAUCCAACCCAUCGCUUCAAGGGUACCAUACAUCACCUGUCCCGGUAACCACGAAAAUCACGGCAAUUUUACGCAGUACCGAAAUAAGUUUGGCAUGCCAGGCGGUCGAGAUAUGUUUUUCAGCUUCAAUUUGGGCCCUGCUCAUUUUAUAUCCUUUUCCACAGAGUAUUAUUUUUUCUAUCGAUAUGGAUUUUGGCAAGUCAAGAAACAAUACGAAUGGUUGGAAAAGGAUUUAAAGGAAGCUAAUAAGCCCGAAAAUAAAGCCAAAAGACCUUGGAUUAUAACGUUUGGGCAUAGACCCAUGUAUUGUAGCAAUAGAAAUGUCGACGAUUGCACCGCUCAUAGUAGCAGAGUUAGGACGGGUAUACCAUUUUUUCGUUGGUAUGGUCUGGAAGAAUUGUUCUACAGAUACAACGUGGAUUUAGAAAUAUGGGCACACGAACACGAUUAUGAAAGAUUUUGGCCUGUUUAUAACUAUCAGGUUAAAAAUGGGACUGUAUCAUCUAAUCCUUACCACGAACCAAAGGCGCCCGUUCAUAUUAUCACUGGAUCUGCUGGUUGUUCUGAACAACACGACACCUUUGUAGAAAAAGCACCGGUUUGGUCGGCUUACAGAAGUUUGGAUUACGGUUACACAAAAAUGCUCAUCUCCAACCUCACUCACUUGUACCUGGAGCAAAUUUCGGUCGAUAAGCAAGGUAAAAUUAUUGAUAACUUUUGGAUGAUUAAAGAAAAGGAUGAUCCUUAUGAAAAAGAUGAGGAUCUCAAUGAGAUCUAAUAAAUUUUAAAAUUUAUUAUGUUUUAUUUUUCUUAAAAGAAUAUUUUGGUCGACAUGCAAUUUAUAUAAAAUUACAUUCAAUUAUUUAAUAUAUUCUUUUAUAAAACUGAAG